AUGGUCAAAAUCAAAUCAACUACAGGUCAUUCACAAACAGUUAGAGCUUUGAUUGACCAAGGAUCUGAAGCGUCAUUUAUAACUGAAGCCACAGCACAAUUCCUGAAGUUAAAGCGAGAUUCAGUGAACGGUGUUAUAUCAGGAGUCGGAGAAGGUCAAACACAAGCGAAGAGUAUGGCUUCUUUUGAGAUCGUUUCUUUACGUAACCCAGACUUUUCUAUUCAAGUCAAUGCGUUCGUGUUGAAGAGGUUGACUUCAUUUAUACCGUCCCGAGACUCAUCUAUAUAUGAUUGGCAAGAGAUCACAAAUUUACCUUUGGCUGACCCUACCUACAAUACACCUGGACGAAUAGACAUUAUUCUAGGUGCUGAAAUCUACGGAGAAAUUCUACUGGAUGGUUUUCGGAAACAUUCUGAGUUAUCUGGACCAGUUGCACAAAACACGCAAUUGGGCUGGAUAUUAUCUGGAAAAAUAAAAAAUGAAUUAGUGCAAGAAAAUCGCAAUAUUAUCAGCAUGCAUUUACAACCAAAGGAAGAUGAGCUUUUAAAACAAUUCUGGGAGAUAGAAAGAGAACCUGAAAGUAUCAAAAAGAGAAAGACAAAAGAGGAAUUAAGAUGUGAAGAAAUUUACGAAGAAACAACAUAUAGAAACAGUGAAGGGCGUUACGUUGUCAGAUUACCUUUUAAAAGUCCUAAUCCAGAAUGUUUACAUGGUCAAUCAAAAGAGAUAGCGCUACGAAGGUUCAAAUCAUUAGAGAAGAAAUUACUUAAAAAUACAAAGCUACAAGAAGAGUACAAAAACGUGAUAGAGGAUUAUUUACAGCAAAAUCACAUGAGAAAAAUAACUGAUGAGAGAGAGUUACGUGAUAAUCACGUCGUUUAUCUACCACACCAUGCAGUGAUUAGAGAUGAUAAACAGACUACCCGAGUAAGAGUGGUGUUCGACGCUUCGAGCAAAGGAGUAAACAAUGUGUCAUUAAAUGACAAUCUUCUCGUCGGACCCAAAUUACAAAGUGAUCUACGUCAUAUUCUAAUAAGAUGGAGAUGCCAUAGAAUUUGUAUAGUUGCAGACUUAGUUAAAAUGUACCGUCAAGUGGUUGUCAACGAGCAAGAUACAGAUUUCCAAAGAAUACUAUGGAGAUCAAAUCCACACGAACCUAUUCAACAUUACAAACUACUGAGACUUACCUUUGGAACAUCUUGUGCGCCAUACUUAGCUGUGAAGUCUUUGCAACAACUAGCAAAAGAUGAGCAAACAAAAUAUCCACUUGCGGCACUAAUCACACUGCAAGACUAUUAUAUGGACGAUUUACUUACCGGAUGUGAAACAACAGAGUAA